UUGUUCAAAAGGCGCAAAGCGUAACCGCCCAAAAUCCCCCUCUUCCCCACUUCCACACGCACAAAAGAGCACAAGACGAAGAGAUUUAUCCGAGAGCCACGCAUAGUUCCAGUCUUCCAGACACUUCAAUUACUUCCGACAAGGUGAAUGAUUGGCGAAAUAGUGUUUUAAUCUCAAAACACUAAAAAGAGAGAUAAAAAAGCAUUGCGUGACUACAAGUGUGGAAAUGUUAUUGCAGAGCUCUGUCCCAAGUUCAAUUGAAGCAGCUUUAUCUUUUAACACUAAUCAUGGGAAACGAGACUUAACAUUUGAGUGGGUGAAUGCUGAAACUAGGCAAUGUUGUAUAAAUAGUAAUAAUUUCUCUCAGGGUGGUUCGGAGCUGUUGACUGUGAACACAGUGCCUGUGUCAAAUUUCAUUUGCAAGCAAAGGAAGCUCCUGAAAAGUUCUGUAGUAAUUUUUCCUCUCAAGGCGGAAGUUGAUAAAAUACCUGUAUUUGAAGAUAAGAAUCGUCCUUCAGGCACUCAAGAUGAGGAUGCAAUUGGUGAUGGAACUGGAACUCCUAUCGUCUCAGCAGAGAAUUUGGCUGGAGAGUUUCAUGCUGCCAAUGCUUCAGUUCUCCAUUUUGAAAAUUUUUGCAAGCAUCCUUCUUCAGAAAUUAAAUUCACUAACAAACCAGAUGUGAAUCUUGACUCCAAGUCUGUUAGCUUUGAUUGCCUUAAUGAUUAUAAUCAGGGUUCGACGGUUACAAAUGAAGAGUCAUUUCUCAAUGAUCUAUGCAUCUCUACACUAAGGAGUCAUGGAUUGCUGGAAAGUGUUUGCCCUAAAAGAAGUUGUGCUUCCACAGAAAUUCUUGGAAUUGGUGGUGAUAGUGGCUAUACUCAGUCUUGCAAGCAGUGUGGUCGUUCAGAUAAUGUAUUGAAUAUGUUAAUUUGUGAUCGUUGUGAAGAAGCAUUCCAUAUAUGUUGCUGCAAACCUGAGAUGAAGAUGUUGCCAAUUGAUGAGUGGUUUUGCUAUUCUUGUUCAAAAGCGAACUGCAAUGAGGGUGCAUCGAGAUUUCGAUUGGGUCCGAUAGCGUUCAUGUUGAAAUACCCAGAGCUUCAUAGAUCUAAAGUUCGAAUUGGCGAAGCUUUUCAGGCAAAAGUUCCUAACUGGUCGGAUGAAACCAAUGAUUUCAAUUGCAUUGGCGAACCUUCUGAAAUGGAUCCAUCAGAAACUAUAUCAGAAACUAUUGACAAUGUUGUGAGCCUUUCUGUCAAGUUUCCCGAGCCGAAAUCUAUGAGUAAUUGGCUUCAAUGUCGUGAAGUCCUAUUUGAUGACUCACGGGAAUGCGCUAAAGGGACUAUAUGCGGAAAGUGGCGCAGGGCUCCACUUUCUGAAGUCCAAACUACUGACUGGGAUUGUUCGUGCGCUGUUCGUUGGGACCCAAGCCAUUCCGACUGUGCAGUUCCGCAGGAGGUAGAAACAGAACAGGUUCUACUGCAUUUGAAGUAUAUUGAGAAGCUGAGAUCUUGCCUAGCUGCUAAAAAGAGAAAACUAGAGUCACGCCAUUAGAAACUGCUGGGAACUGAAAAUUGUUGAUUCGGGAAAGUUAAGUUUUUCUUUACGAAUUGGGAGAAAAUGGAUUCGAGCCAGGGAGCAGUGAAGUCGUAUUGGAGGUGGAGUCGCAGAUGAUCGACGCCACCACAGAAAAUCGUUGGAGUUUGCUUGCUUCGAUUUUUCUUCAUAUUUUCUGCAUUCAGCGACUAGAGGAGGGCAACGUCUUAAUCUUGGACGGCGGUGCAAAGCGACGGUGACUGGUGGUGCAACAUCUUGCCUAUUGUGAUUCUGUGUGGUGAAAUCUAUGGAGCUUACUGUAUUUUUUUCUACGUGUUGAUGUCUGAAUAGAUGGCUGCUCUUCCCCUAUUAGCAGCCUGACCGUUCUGAAGCGUUUCUCGUUUGUAAAUUAGAAAAGUGCAGUCGGUAGAAAAAGAAGCAAUAAAAAGCAUGGGACCCAAUAGGCAUUCUU